AUGCAUAAGCAAAUACUCUGUUUCAUCACUCUGUUCAUAGCUUUCUUGGCCUCUCCAGCCACUUGUUACAGAUUCAAAUUCGAUUAUUUCGGUAAUGGUUCAGAUCUGUUCUCUUUCCACGGAGACGCAGAGUAUGGUCCCGACACCGAUGGCAUGAGUCGGUCCGGUGCACUCGCUUUGACCCGAGACAAAACCCCUUUCUCUCAUGGUCGAGCCAUUUUCGUAAAUCCAAUCACUUUCAAACCCAACGCUUCAUCUCUUUACCCUUUCAAAACCUCCUUCACUUUCUCAAUCACUCCUCACCAAACUAACCCAAACCCUGGCCACGGCCUCGCCUUCAUCGUCGUACCGGCUAACCAAAACACCGCCGGUUCCGGUGUAGGCUACCUCAGUCUCGUGAACCGAACCAGCAACGGUAAUCCCAACAACCAUCUCUUCGCCGUCGAAUUCGAUGUCUUCCAGGACAGAUCUUUUCGCGACAUCAACGAUAACCAUGUCGGAGUCGACAUUAACUCCGUCGAUUCGAUGGUUUCUGCGAAAUCCGGUUACUGGGUCAUGACGAGAAACGGAUGGUUGUUCAAGGAGUUGAAGCUGAGCAGUGGAGACAAGUACAGGGCUUGGAUCGAGUACAGCAACAGUCUUAAAGUCAUCUCCGUUACGAUCGGGUUUGCGCAUUUGAAGAAACCGAACCGGCCGUUGAUCGAAGCUAAGUUCGAUCUCUCCAACGUUCUUCUCGAGAAAAUGUAUACCGGUUUUGCCGGUUCUAUGGGGCGUGGUGUCGAGCGUCACGAGAUCUGGGACUGGACUUUCCAAAACUAA